AUGGAGGAUCAAAAGGUCCCUUUAGAGGCUCAGGCCAUUGUCCAGAAGAUGACAAUCGAGGACAAGGCCGCAUUCCUCACAGGCCAUCGGAUGUGGAGGACGCACAGCCUCGAUCAUCUCGGGGUGCGUGCCCUUGUCAUGACUGACGGAACUCAUGGCGUGCGCUACUCCAUCCCCCAGAUUGACGAGGACCAGCCGGCCGGGCAGGACUUUGAAGCCUUCCUUUCAAUGGUCAAUCGCAAGGCAAACGAGGUCGAGGUCGCCUGGGGCACGAUGAAGCCGGCAACUUGCUUCCCCAAUGGCUCAAGUGUCGCAUGUUCCUGGGACGUGGACCUCGCCUUCCAGAUGGGCGCUGCCCUUGGGCUUGAAUGCCGGGCCUUUGGUAUCGACCUCCUUCUCGGACCAGGCGUCAACAUUCGGCGGACACCGCUGGGCGGCCGGGUGUAUGAGUACUUGUCCGAGGAUCCCAUCCUGACUGGCGAUCUGGCAGCAAGCUUGAUCAAUGGUCUGCAGGGUCGCGGCGUCGGCGCGUCGAUUAAGCAUUUUGCCUGCAACAACAACGAAGUCGAGCGCACCACUAUGAACAACAUUAUUGACGCUCGUGCGUUGCGGGAGAUCUACCUCUUGGGCUACCAACGGGCCAUUAAGAAGAGUGACCCUUGGACCGUGAUGAGCUCCUACAAUAGGCUUAAUGGAGUCCAGGUCGCUGAGAAUCCAUGGCUGCUCAACACUGUGCUUCGCGAGGAAUGGGGCUAUAAAGGCCUCGUCAUGUCAGACUGGCACGGCAUCAAGGAUCGCCCGGCAUCGGUUGCUGCCGGCAACGACCUCGACAUGCCCGAAAGCAAAAGCCGGCACGAGGACCUCCUGGCCGCCAUGAAAUGCGGCAAUCUCUCCAUGGAGGCGGUUGAUCUAUCUUGCCAACGGCUCAUCGAGCUGGUCCGUAGGUGCGAACAAGGUUCCAAGAUCGCUGUGCCGGCGCUCGACGCAGAUGCCCACCAUCAGCUUGCUCGGAGAAUUGCUGGCAGUUCCAAUGUUCUUUUGAAGAAUGAUGGAGGGAUUCUCCCCUUGCGGCCUGGACACGUCAAAUCCAUCGCUGUCAUCGGUGAAAGCGCGGUUGAAGCCGUCAUCCAGGGUUCUGGAUGUGCAACGACAGCACCAACACAAGUGGAUGUGCCUCUGGAUGAGAUCCGUGCUCUUGCCGGCCAGGCGCAGAUCAGUCACUACCGGGGAACAGGCUCUCAAGAUGCUUCCAAUGAGGCUGUUGCGGGAGCACGUGCAGCCGAAGUGGCCAUAGUCUUUGUCAACACCGAGGUUGGCUGGGACGGCGAAGGGUCGGACCGUCAAACGCUGGCGCUGGGCGUCGGUCAGGAUGAGUUGGUCAAAGCAGUCGCUGCUGCUAAUAAGAACACAGUCGUGGUGGUGUCCAGCCCAGACGCAGUGGCGAUGCCAUGGAUCGACGAUGUUGCGGCAGUGUUGGCGACCUUCUUCUCUGGACAAGCGAUGGGCGGCGCGGUGGCCGACAUCUUAUUUGGCGUGGUUAAUCCCUCAGGCAAGCUUACCACGAGCUUCCCUCGUGCUCUUGAGGACAUCCCGGGCUACCUAAAUUAUCCCGGGGAGAAUGGCGAGCAUAUCUAUUCCGAAGGUCUCUUUGUCGGUUACCGUACCUACAAUACUUGCAACACAGACCUCCUUUUCCCCUUUGGCUAUGGACUAAGCUACUCAACCUUCGAGUACAGUGACAUGGCCGUGAGUCAAUCUACGAUUCUCGACGGUGAUACGCUCAAGGUCAGCUUCAACAUUACCAAUACAAGUGCCGUCACAGGAAGCGAAGUGACCCAAGUUUAUGCCCGCUAUGGCAAGCCACGUGUCCGUCGCCCACGUCAUGAGUUGAAGGGCUUCACAAAGACGGUUGUUCCAGCGGGUGAAACAGUAAAGGUAGAGAUAUCGAUUGAUGCAGAUGACCUGCGCUACUACGACACGCUUCGAAAGAUGUGGAUUCUGGAUAACGACGACAUCGUUAUCGAGGUUGGCGCAUCGUCGCGCGACAUCAAGCUACAUUCUCAAGUGUCCACCCGUUCGCCUAUCGCUCGCUACCGCGAGAUCCUUGUAGACACACAGCCACAGAUCAUUCUUGAGACACCAGUUGCCCGAAAGAAAUUCCGUGCUUACCUCUCAGGUCGCCUUUCCAUCACUGAUGACGAGGCUGAGAAGAUGUUGAUUCACUGCGGCUCUUCGUUCUUCGGGCUGGUCACGACGCUUGAUCGUCGUUUGCGCCAACGCUUCCCCGCAACAGAGAUUCAAGCACUGCUAGACGACAUCAACUCGGAGAUUAGAGCUAAUGAAGCGGCCGGUAUUAUAGAUGCAUAA